CUCUCUCUCUCUCUCUCUCUCUCUCUCUCUCUCUCUGACUUCCGGUCCCUCCUCUGAUCCUCCACCAGCUUCUUGUAGUUGCCUACUGACAGAGAGAAAGAGAGUUGUAUUCACAAACUCUGCAUUAGCUGCUGCUGCUGCUUCUUCUUGUUCUUCUUGGAGAGGAAAAAGGUGGAAAGAGAAAAUGGGGGAUACAUUUAAGCCGUUUGAAGUAGAGGAACAAUUAUCUGAUAUCGACAUCUGUCUAAACAGCAAUCCUUCUUGGGCUGCGGCCAUUAUUCUGGGUUUUCAGCACUAUGUGGUAAUGCUGGGGACUACUGUCAUCAUUCCUUCCAUCAUUGUUCCUUUGAUGGGUGGUGGCCAUAAGGAGAAGGCUGAAGUGAUACAAACCUCGCUAUUUGUCGCGGGAUUGAACACUCUAUUGCAGACUUGGUUCGGAUCUCGGCUUCCAGUGGUGAUAGGUCCCUCAUACUCAUUUAUUGCUCCUGCACUUUUCAUAGUGUUAUCCGAUAGAUAUAGCAUAUACAUCGAUCCUCUGGAGAGGUUCGAAAAUUCGAUGGCGGCGCUUCAAGGAGCUCUGAUGAUUGCAUCCAUUAUCCCAAUAUUACUUGGUUUCUUUGGUAUCUGGAGAAUCAUUGUGAGGUUACUCACGCCCCUUUCUGCUGUUCCUUUGGUAACACUUGUCGGACUGGGGCUCUACGCUCAUGGUUUUCCUCAGCUGGCAGAAUGUAUUGAGAUUGGGCUUCCAGAGUUGAUUAUCUUAAUCAUUCUAUCCCAGUAUAUUCCUCAUUGGAUAGAAACCAAAAAAGGAGGCGUAUUUGAGCGCUUUUAUGAACGAUAUGCUGUCCUAUUAUCAAUAGCCAUUGUAUGGCCAUUUGCAGCACUUCUUACGGCAUCUGGUGCAUACAGAAACAAAUCUCCAAGUACCCAAAUCAGUUGCCGUGUUGACCGAUCUGGGCUCAUUAGUGGUGCUGCUUGGGUAAGUUUUCCAUAUCCAUGGCAAUGGGGGACACCAAGUGCUGAUGGUGCUGGGGAUGCAUUUGUGAUGAUAGCUGCAGCUCUUGUUGCUCUUAUUGAGUCUACUGGCGCAUUUAUAGCAGCAGCAAGAUUUGCAAGAGCCACGCCUCCACCACCUUCUAUAAUCGGCCGUGGUGCCGGGUGGCUGGGAGUGGGCUUGUUGCUGGAUGGUUUGUUCGGUACUGCAAGUGGCUCCACUGUAUCAGUUGAAAAUGUAGGUCUUUUGGCACUAACGCGAUGUGGAAGCCGAAGAGUGGUUCAGAUAUCAGCAGGAUUCAUGCUUUUCUUUGCCAUUUUUGGAAAAUUUGGGGCUGUUCUAGCAUCUAUUCCGUUGCCGAUCUUUGGAGCUGUGUACUGCAUCUUGUUUGCCUACAUGGCUUCUGCCGGUAUUGGUUUACUUCAAUUCUGCAACCUCAACAGGCUCAGAACAAAGUUCAUAGUAGCUUAUUCAAUCUUCAUGGGCCUCUCAAUCACACAAUACUUCUAUGGCUACAUAGUAACUUCCGGUCGCGGUCCUGUUCACACUAACGCGCAUUGGUUCAACACAAUUGUGGAAAUCAUUUUCACAUCCCCAGCCACAGUAGCAGUAUUGAUCGCGGUGUUUUUGGAUUGCACCACACGACCGAGUCGUACUGAUAGUGGAAUCUUUGACAAUGGGAGGCAUUGGUGGGAGAGGUUCAGGGAUUUCGAAAAGCACCCCAUGAGUAGAGAAUUCUAUUACCUACCUUCAGGCCUUACUAAGUACUUCCCAUCUGUUUAGAAUUUUGAGGCCUUGCCGUAGAAAAACUGAAGAUACAGAAAUAGUACUUCAAUUUGUUUUGCCAUGAUGUUAUUGGCAGCAUAUAAGUUGAACUCUCAGUAGCAGGAGGGAAAACAAGAAAGGAAAGCAUAUUGCGAUACACGUUCGUAGGUUUAAGUAGUAUCGGAAACCAGCUUGGUCUGGAUUUGUCAGGCUAAUGUUAUACGGACAACACUAUAGAUGAAGAAUUCAUAUUAUGGGUUCUAUGUAUGAAUACUGAGAAUGAUUGAUGAUGUUUAUGACAUUUUGGGUUGUGCAAA